AUGGAGAUUGAGAGUGAAAUGAAGCAGUCAAGGUUUGGGAGGAUUUGUGUGUUUUGUGGGAGUAGCCAAGGCAAGAAGAGUAGCUACCAAGAUGCUGCCAUUGAGCUUGGCAAGGAACUGGUUUCGAGGAACAUCGAUCUGGUCUAUGGAGGAGGCAGCAUAGGCCUAAUGGGUUUGGUUUCACAAGCUGUUCAUGAUGGUGGUCGGCAUGUUAUUGGAGUUAUUCCCAAGACGCUCAUGCCUCGAGAGUUAACUGGUGAAACAGUGGGGGAAGUGAAGGCAGUUGCAGGCAUGCACCAAAGGAAGGCAGAGAUGGCUAAGCAUUCGGAUGCCUUUAUUGCCUUACCCGGUGGUUAUGGAACUCUGGAAGAGUUACUUGAAGUGAUAACAUGGGCUCAACUUGGAAUUCAUGAUAAACCGGUGGGAUUGCUGAAUGUUGAUGGAUACUACAACUCCUUGCUAUCAUUUAUUGAUAAAGCUGUGGAAGAGGGAUUUAUUAGCCCCAGUGCACGCCACAUAAUUAUAUCAGCACCAACAGCAAGGGAGUUGGUGAAGAAAUUGGAGGAUUAUGUCCCAUGUCAUGAAAGAGUUGCUUCAAAGUUGAAUUGGGAGAUGGAGCAGCUUGGCUACACACAAGAAUAUGAUAUCUCUAGGUGA